AGUCCCUUUUUCUUUUUCACAUUCUAGUCUUCGUGUACGGUCGUGUUUCCGCUGCGCUCUGAAAGGAACUUAGAAAAAUGGGUAAAAAACGUUACACUGUAUCGAAAGCAGUUUCGGUUUUGAUGACUGAUGUCGAUCAACACGCGGUUACUUCAUCGUUGGCCGUUAUGUUAAAAAAAAAUGGCAAAGUUAAGGUGCCAACGGAUAUUGAAUUCUUUAAGACUGGCAUGUUCAAGGAAAUUGGACCAGAUGAUGCCGAUUGGUUUUAUGCGCGAUGUGCUUCAAUUUUGCGUCAUUUGUACAAGCGGCGCCCUCUUGGCGUUGGUAGGCUUUGCAAAAUUUAUGGCGGUCGCCUCCGUCGUGGUAAUCGUCCUGGACGCUUUUGCAAAGCUUCUGGUGGUGUUAUGCGCAGAGCCUUAAAAGCUUUAGAGGAUGGGAAAAUGGUGAUUCGUAAGCCGAAUGGCAGUCGUGUAUUGACACCUACUCUGCAACGUGACAUGGAUCGGCUUGCGCAAGUGAUUAUUAAAAUAGACAGGGAGGUCUUGGCAUUGCAGCAGAAACUCAAAAAAAUACGCAAACCAGUUUCUAAUAGGAUGUAUAAGAUUAAAAUUAGAAACACAUAAAUUUAAUUGUAUGAAAAUUACAAAAAUAAAAUAUAAAUAUAUGUAAUUUAUAUAUA